CGGAGGCGGAGUUCCGAGGGGGGGGCGGAGCCGCGCGCCGUAUCCCGGCGGUGGGCGGAGCGCUGGCAGAGCUUCCGCGCGGGCGAUGGGGCUGCUGACCAUCUUGAAGAAGAUGCGGCAAAAGGAGCGCGAGCUGCGCAUUUUGAUGCUGGGCUUGGACAACGCGGGCAAAACCACCAUCCUGAAAAAAUUCAAUGGGGAGGAGAUUGACACCAUCUCGCCCACGCUGGGCUUCAACAUCAAGACCCUGGAGCAUCGCGGGUUCAAGCUGAACAUCUGGGACGUGGGGGGCCAGAAGUCCCUGCGCUCCUAUUGGCGCAACUAUUUUGAGAGCACCGACGGGCUCAUCUGGGUGGUGGAUAGCGCCGACCAACAGCGGCUGCAGGACUGCAGGAAGGAGUUGGAGACCCUCCUGGUGGAAGAGCGUUUGGCUGGUGCCACUCUUCUCAUCUUUGCCAAUAAGCAGGACCUGCCAGGUGCGUUAAGUCCCAGCGCCAUCCAAGAGGCCCUGGAUCUCAACAGCAUCCAAACCCACCAUUGGUGCAUCCGAGGCUGCAGUGCUUACACUGGGGAAAAUCUUCUGGCGGGUGUCGAUUGGCUGUUGGAUGACAUCUCAAGCCGGAUAUUCACCGCGGAUUGAGAGGAUCUAACAUGUGUUUUUCAACCUUGGGCGCCGGAAGAUGGGUGGACUUCAACUCCCAGAAUUCCCCAGCCAGCUGGGUGGACUUCAACUCCCAGAGUUCCCCAGCCAGCUGGGUGGACUUCAACUCCCAGAGUUCCCCAGCCAGCUGGGUGGACUUCAACUCCCAGAAUUCCCCAGCCAGCUGGGUGGACUUCAACUCCCAGAGUUCCCUAGCCACCUGGGUGUACUUCAACUCCCAGAGUUCCCCAGCCAGCUUAACUCCCAGAAUUUUCCAAGUCCACCUAUCUUCCAGCGCCCAAGGUUGAAAAACACCAAUUAAAGACUCUAUUCUGACCGCUGCUUAAAGGCCCAUCUUUGGUCCUGGAUCUGGGUGCAAUUGAAACAACGCCCAGUGCAAAAAUCAGUGUUUGGAUCCACAUUCGUUGUGGUCCGUGGCAUCAAUCCUGUGGCAGGGUGGGGGAGGCAAGAAAUCCAAAUGUCUUUUAUUAUCUCCCCUUAUCCACAGGGGAUUAUGUUAAGAGCAGACCAAUAAAUCUGUGGCUGUUUUAAAGAGAA